AUGGUCUCACAAUCUCAACAUAUCCAAAAGCUAAAACAAACUGACGAUCGAGCCAAUCAACAAACUGCCAACAUGAAGUUCUCUCCUGUCAUCGUUGUUUCCCUUUUUGCCUCAAUGUCGGAUGCCUUUACGGUCCCGGUCCAUCUCUUUCCUACCAAGAGCAACUUUCGUUCCUCGUCUCCCCUCCGCUUUGCGCCCAAAGGAGUUUCGACCACCAACAGCGACUUGACCUCGUUCGACACUGGCAAGGAGUUCAACCCCUUCAACUUCGACACUGAGUUAGCUGCCACCACCAUGGAUCCCGAGAAGCUAAGCGAGAAAGACCCUGCCGUCGUUUGGAACAAGUUUAGCAACUGGAUUACCAGCACUGAGAACCGACUCUACAUCGGCUGGUUUGGAACUCUCAUGUUCCCGACCUUGCUGGCUGCUGCAACCUGCUUUGUUGCGGUGGACAUUGAUGGAAUCCGUGAACCUGUUGCGGGAUCCUUGCUGUACGGAAACAACAUCAUCUCUGCCUCCAUUGUGCCCAGCUCGAACGCCAUUGGUAUGCACUUUUACCCCAUCUGGGAAGCUGCUUCCCUCGAUGAAUGGCUCUAUAAUGGUGGUGAAUACCAGCUAAUUGUUUACCACUUCCUCAUUGGCAUUGCCUCUUACAUGGGCCGCGAAUGGGAGCUCAGUUACCGUCUCGGCAUGCGUCCAUGGAUCUUUGUUGCCUUUAGUGCUCCUGUGGCAGCUGCAACAGCUGUCACGUUGAUCUAUUCCAUGGGACAAGGAUCUUUCUCGGAUGGACUUCCCUUGGGAAUCAGCGGUACCUUCAACUUUAUGAUGGUCCUCCAGGCUGAACACAACAUUGUUAUGCACCCUUUCCACAUGUUGGGUGUGGCUGGUAUUUUUGGCGGCGCCUUGUUCUCUGCCAUGCAUGGCUCAUUGGUGACCUCUUCCUUGAUCCGUGAGACCUCCGAGGGAGAAUCCGUGAACAAUGGAUACAAAUUUGGCCAAGAAGAAGAAACCUACAAUAUUGUGGCGGCCCAUGGCUACUUUGGUCGUCUCCUGUUCCAGUUUGCUUCCUUCAACAACUCCCGUGCCCUCCACUUUUUCUUGGCGGCCUGGCCUGUGGUUGGCGUGUGGAUGGCCUCCAUGCUCAUCUCCAUGGUUGCCUUUAACUUGAAUGGUCUCAACUUUAACCAGUCCAUUGUGGACUCAGAGGGUCGUGUUGUUAACACCUGGGCCGACAUUAUCAACCGUGCCAAUCUUGGAACCGAAGUCAUGCACGAGCGCAAUGCGCACAACUUCCCCUUGGAUUUGGCAUCUGGUGAGGUUGUCCCCGUUGCCAUGAACGCUCCUUCCAUUGUCGCCUAG